UUUAACUAGUCGAGGCAUUGGAAUAGGGCUAGGCCAUUUUAGACCCUAGUCCAGCGCUAGUUACUCCAACUAUGCAGUUUCCAUCGAUUGAUGGAGUUGGACUGAACUCGGUUGAACCGCCGACUUGGACAACACGUGUCUAAGUCGAUGGCCGGACGGGAGCUGAUUUCCAUAUCUCUAUCUGGCGGACUCACUUGGGUAGCUUGGAUUGCAGAUACAAGUACUUAGAAGUAAUCUUCCUCCUCUAAGUGCAGCCAGGCGUUUCGACAGAACAAGAUCAAAGGGGCCAACGAAACGAGCCACUAAUUUGAUUCGUUAACAAAAAGUUGGUGCUACUGGUAGUGGGAUAAGCUUAAAGGGAUAGAACAGAUAUGAUCCAAGGCGGUUGUCUGAAUCACUGAAAAAAAAAGAUAUUUCAGACAUCAUCAGCUUCUCGGCUUAAAGCAAUUACAGCCUUCUAAUAACCUGAAAUCUAAGCCCAACUAUAUUUGGCAAUCAUCGACAACAUGGGCCGCACCCCGUCCCAGUUGAGAAUGCUUCGAGUCCGACAAGUGGUCAGGUUUCCAGCACCGAAAGUUCCAGAGAUUGUUGCCGGGCCAGUGAGCAGCUUUAAUCUCGGAUCUGCACACUCGAAUGGCACACGAGUAUAGAGUUUAAGAUUUUGUGAAUCUGGCUAGCUGUUAAUCAUAACCAUGAUACUCCAAAAUACUGCAAAAAAAAAUGUACAAAAAAGGUCGAAGAAAAUGUUUUUGACUUCCGUUCGGCCAAAUCAUCCUGCUAUCCCGAUCCCCAUCUCGGAUUUCGAUCCUCUGAGGCUGGACAACCGCAAAGUGGAAACGGAAGUGUCGCCGUCCGAACAGGUAGAUGAUGCCCCCAUUAACUGUAACCUUUAGGACUCGUCGUCUGGCAUAGAAACCCCAGUAAUGCCACUGCAACCAACUAAAAUGGAGUCUGCAACCAGUUGCAAUGCUGCUUUUUGUCGCACUUCGGAUGCAGUUUCUUCGUGGAUCUGGUGCCUGGUGACCAUUUAGCAGCAAAAAGGCAGCUAUGAAUGCUUGCGACGUGUGACGACAUGUAGAACUAAUUGUCGUCCACUCCGCCAAGGGAACCUCGUCGUGCAGGAGGAGCCGGUGGGGGGUGGGGCACAGAGAAGCGAGCAGGAGGGGAUCGGGACUGGAACCGACUUGGCAGCAACUCCGACUGCAAUUGGCUGCACCGUUCGCCUUGUGACAGGCAUAAAUCAGUUUUGUUUCAGUAAUCGGCGCAGCAAGAAGUCCAACUUGAAGUCGAAGUCAGUUGAAGUCGAUGUGAGCACCUGUCGGCGGCUGAAAAGCAUGGUGAUCUUGAGAUUUUCGCGUGUGUUGCGUCAUAAUUGAAAACGAUCGCUGUGUGACACCUUAAAAGGCAUCCCCCAGUGGUGGCAGACACUCUGCUUUUUUGGCAACGCAACAACUUCGCCAACGAGUUAAUUAGAGUUCGGGUCGUGUGCUCGGGCAUCGAAUUGUUUGGCUGAUUUAUGUUGGAGCGCUGGACAGCCAUUCCUUGGCCAAAAAAGGCGCAGUCUAGCGCUGCGAAUAAAUAAACCAAAAAUUAGCGACAUUUAGUUAAUGCACAUAAAUAAGAUACGAGGCGCGGGUAUGCGAUAUUGCGAGACUCCAAAUUGGGCAAGUCGCUCGUGUGCCGAGAUACCGUGAUCCCAAAAUCCCAACAUCACCAAGAUCCCGUGUGGGCAGCAGUCUAACAAAGUAACAAUCAAACAAACAAACAGAAAAUAAAUGACGAGUUUAAAUAACACUAACAAUCGGCUUUGCUGAAGCUUUGUUGGUUAAUGAACGCAACCAUAUUUGGCCAGAUCGAAGUCGUCUCAAGAUGCCCGCCCCGCCGGCCACAGUGAAGCCUGCCACUGGUCACACGACCAAGCUCAACAAUGGCAAAUCCAGCAACAGCCAGAGCAACCACACAUUGAGCAACUCCAUCGCCCAACUGAGCGACUCAAGGACCAAUCUCACUGUCAACACGCCCACCACUUGCCAGCGACUAAGCGAAAUGUUUCGGCGUUCGAUUGCCAGCAGCACUCAGUCCAGUUCCAGGGAAAAUACCUACGAGGAGAUCUAUCCCGGUCCCGAUCCAAAACACAUCAUGGGCUCGCUGGUCUUCUGCAUUCAUCACAAACAGGGCUGCAAGUGGUCCGAUGAGCUGCGAAAGCUGAAGGGACAUCUCAAUGCCUGUAAGCACGACGCCACCCAGUGCCCCAACAAGUGUGGAGCCCAGAUUCCCCGGAUCAUGAUGACCGAUCAUCUCCAGUACACUUGCACGAUGAGGCGUACCCGAUGCGAGUUCUGCCAGAGCGAAUUCUCCGGUGCUGGACUGGAGGAGCACAACGGAAGCUGCGGCCAGGAGCCGGUUUACUGCGAGGCCAAGUGCGGCCAGCGGAUACUGCGCGGGAGGAUGACCCUUCACAAGUCCAAGGACUGCGCCAAGCGACUCCGUCGCUGUGCCCACUGCCAGCGGGAGUUCUCGGCUGACACGCUGCCCCUGCAUGCCGCCCAGUGCCCAAGAGCUCCAUUGGCCUGCCCCCAGAGAUGCGAUGCUGGUCCGAUUCCCCGGGGUGAGCUAGAGGCGCAUUUGCGUGAUGAAUGCCAGUCGCUAGCCGUGUCCUGCAGCUUCAAGGAGGCGGGAUGCCGCUUCAAGGGUCCCCGCCAGAUGCUGGAGACCCAUCUGGAGAGUAACGCUGCCGCCCAUCUCUCGCUGAUGGUGGCCCUCAGCUCGCGCCAGGGUCAGCAGAUCCAGAUGCUUAAGUCGGCGGUGUCCAAGCUGUCCAUCAACUACACAGGCACUCUGUUGUGGAAGAUCACCGACUGGUCGGCUAAGAUGGCCGAAGCGAGGGGCAAGGAUGGCCUGGAGCUAGUCUCACCCCCGUUCUACACCUCCCAGUAUGGAUACAAGCUGCAGGCGUCGAUGUUCCUCAAUGGCAAUGGACCUGGAGAAAACACGCACGUCUCCGUGUACAUAAAGGUCCUGCCGGGAGAGUACGAUGCUCUGCUCAAGUGGCCAUUCUCACACUCCAUCACCUUCACGCUGUUCGAACAGGGCGCCCAAAGUGGCCAGGGAGGCGUGGCGGAAUCCUUUGUGCCCGAUCCCACUUGGGAGAACUUCCAGAGGCCGUCCAACGAACCAGAUCAGCUAGGAUUCGGCUUCCCGCGCUUCAUCUCCCACGAACUGCUGCACAGCCGACCCUUCAUCAAGGGCGAUACCGUGUUUCUGCGCGUGAAAGUGGAUCCCAGCAAGAUAGUGGCCGUCUAAGGAGGACCAUUAGUACCGUAGACAUUUACUCGACUUGUGUAAAUACUGUGUAUUUAAAUUUAUGAGUAAAUUCCCUCUAGCCUAGCGUAGUCUAGCCUGUUCAGUCUCAGCGGCAGCUUCGGGCGAUGUUGGCCGGCAGGCGCUAACUGGCCUUGGAAUGCCGACCGCUGGGCCACUGCGUCAUAGUCAUAUUCGAUUCGUUUAGGUUUUUGCAGUGCUGGAAUUAAACCAAAGCAUAAUUACGCAUAGAAAUACAUUGAGAGCUCAUACAAUUCAUCCAUUAAAGUACGCCUAAGUUUGUGUCUUAAGUCUUUUGUUUAGAGAUUUGUAUUAUUGCGCGCGAUGCGAUCACUUUCAAAAGAUCUUCAAACUAGACCAUACGCUCAAAAUCACUUAGACCAUAAGUUGCAUGUAAAUAGUGUUAAAUUCGGAGCAGCCGCAGCGACCGCAAACCUAGUUUAAGUUGUAGCACGUAGUUAGUUGCUUAAGCGAACGCAUAAGUCAUUAGUACCAUGAACGCGAACAUAAACAUGAGAAUCCAACUUUCAACAUAGUCAAAUAAGUUUAUGUUUAAAAGUUAAGAAGUCAAACAUACAAUAAAUGAAGUAACAAAAUACAAA